AUGACAGCUUUGAUUGCGGAUGUCCGGCUUGAGAAGUCGGCACCAAUCCGGUGGCAAAGCUUAAGGCCACGGCCUUUCCUGCAGCGAUCAUCAAGGGGCUCAAGUCUAUGCGGUUGCGGCGCGGUGACUGCUGGCGUUUUUCUGCAGCAGACACGUCGGUGCCGAGUUCGCACAUGCGCAGAAAGAUUUGGCGGAGAAACCGACGCACUGCGAGAGGAUAUCCGGAAACUCCAAAUUCAACUGGAGCUCUCCAACCGACGAGGGCUGGAAGCCGAGAAGGGGAAGCAGGAGCUUGUUCAGACAGUGGGCAGUGCGCUUGCCCAGAGACAGCGGGCACAAGACGAGCUGGAGAAAGAGCGCAGUGAGUCUGGGGACCUGCGCCUAUGCGUCAGCAAGCUGGAGGGUGAGCUGGCAUCCGCUGAACAGCAGCUGAGAAGCAUCCGCCUUGAGGCGUCUUCGGAGGCCAUAGCCAGCGCUCGGCAACGAAUGAUGGACCUCGAGAGUCAAGUUGCGAAGUCAGACGCUCACCGACGUUCAGCAGAACGAGACCGCGACAGCUCCAGGCUCCAAGCGCUGGAUGCCAGGCAAGCAGCCGAGGACACGACGGCGGCACUUGCAGGCCUGCAGGCAGCGAUGGAGGAGGCAUGCACUAGAAAGGACGCUCAGAUCGCAAGUUUGGAAACACAGGUGGUAGCUGAGGCAACUGCAGCACGAGGCGCCCAGGAGAAGUUGGCUGCACUUGGGGAUGAAAUCGAUGCUGUCCGUGGACAGUUGGAUGCUGCCGUUGCGAAACUCGAGCAGGAGAAAGUGAAGUGGAAAGAGGAGAGGGAAAACUUCCAGCAAGAGCUCAGCAAUGAACGCCAGCAGAAACGACGGAUCGAAUCUGAGAUCCAGCAAGUGAAACUGAAACUCUUGGACACGACGCAAGAGCUCGAACAGCUGUCGGAAGAGCGCGAAGAGGAAGAGGAAGCCGAGAAGGAAGAAGCAGAGCACGAAGAGGAGGAAGUGGAGGAGGGAGAAGAGGCUUCGACUGCGGCUUCGACGGCGAGUUCUGUGCCCAGUGCAGCAGAGUUCAAUGAACGAGCUGACGAGAGGGCAAGAUUGAGGGCCGAACUGGCUGAAAUUAAGCAAAUGUUGGCAGAAGCUGGCUACUCCAACCAGGAAGUCAAGGCGGAUGAGGGCGUAUCGCAGCUGAAUGAGGCGAUUCGCCGCGUGGACGCCGACGGCAUGGUCUCCUACAAGGCAUGGGCGAAGAAAAGCGGAAUUCGGCUUCCGGAAACCAAGAAGGAGUCCUACACCGCCUACAGGAGGACGAAGACCCAGCGGAAGAAAGGAAUGCUAACGUACGCGCACAACUCAAACUCGCAGCGAGGAAAGACUAGUUCUGCGAUGAAGGCGGAACAGAAGAAGCUGAAAGCUGCCAAACGAAAGCAGUUGAAAGCAAUGAAGCGGCGGCGCCAGGCAGGCAGCGAUGGCCCUGUCCCAGAGCUGGAGAAAAUAGACGAAUCCGAAACAAUCACUGACUGA